AUGCGAGCACCAGUGAUGAUCUGGCUGGAGCCGCAAGGUAAUUGGAAGCGUAAUGUUUCCAAUUGCCUUGGGCCUGCCAAGUCCGGAAAAAAAGCUGCUCCCCUCCCUUACCCCCAGGGCAAGGCUGGCGCUAGCAAGAAGGGCCCCAAGAACCCUCUCAUCGAGAAGCGCCCCCGUAACUUCGGUAUUGGCCAGGACAUCCAGCCCAAGCGUAACUUGUCCCGCUUCGUCAAGUGGCCCGAAUAUGUCCGUCUGCAGCGCCAGAAGAAGAUCCUGAACCUCCGCCUGAAGGUUCCUCCUUCCAUUGCUCAGUUCCAGAACACCCUGGACCGCAACACCGCUGCCCAGACUUUCAAGCUCCUCAACAAGUACCGCCCUGAGACCAAGGUCGAGAAGAAGGAGCGUCUCCACACCGAGGCCACCGCCGUCUCCGAGGGCAAGAAGAAGGAGGAUGUUUCCAAGAAGCCCUACCACGUCAAGUACGGUCUCAACCACGUUGUUGGUCUCGUUGAGAACAAGAAGGCUUCCCUUGUUCUGAUCGCUCACGAUGUUGACCCCAUUGAGCUGGUUGUCUUCCUCCCUGCUCUCUGCCGCAAGAUGGGUGUACCCUAUGCCAUUGUCAAGGGCAAGGCUCGUCUCGGUACCGUUGUCCACAAGAAGACGUCCGCUGUCCUCGCUCUCACCGAGGUUCGCUCCGAGGACAAGGCCGAGUUCUCCAAGCUCCUCUCUGCCAUCAAGGAGGGCUACACCGACAAGUUCGAGGACUCCCGCCGCCACUGGGGUGGUGGUAUCAUGGGUUCCAAGGCCGUCGCUCGCCAGGAGAAGAAACGCAAGGCCGCUGAGGCUGCCAUCCGUGUCUAA